ACCGGAAACGAGAAUAUCGCACAGGCUUGGGUGUCACUCUCGCACUUGUUGUAGCAGCGGCUUCAGGUGGGGCAGUAAUGGGCCUGAUGGACGUAAUGCUCGUCCACCGAGGCUCAAUAGGACAAGCGUCGCGUAAGAUGUUCCUGUUCGAUUGAAAGGAUGUUGGUUACGUUACGGUAGAUGGCCGUGCGUGGCAUAGGCGUUGAGCAUUUCUCGACUUGACCACAGUUGUUAUUCUCGCGUGCAAAUGAUCGCCGAUGCCGAUUGCGUGUGGACAGACAGACAGAAGCAUUGUGACCAAUGAAGGUUCAGUGCUAUAGCAAGGCCAUGUGCUUCCGGAAGCUUUCAAUGAAUAUUACAUGCGCCUUCAGCAUUACGGUUAAUGAAGGAAAACGUCAGGGUCUGCGUUGUUGCCGUCACUGCAUAUGUCCAGAUUACGGUCAGGAGCCGAAUAUGAAGGACGACUCCAAGAACGUGUAGCAUGAGUCAGUCACACUGGCUCUCUGAGUUGGAAUCUCCGGCCGCCGACUCUGGGCAAGGCGAGAUCGCCAGACCGAAUUUUGGCCGAAAGGCUUUAAUGCCCCCGUGUUGUCCACUUGAGCUCUUUGAUGAUGUGUGGCUCAACAGCGCAGUCGCCUCAUUCUUCCUGCUCCAGUGCUUACCAACGAGAACGCAUGAAGUCUGCAACUCUCCCUGCACGGCAGUGUCAGCGAACUUGAGGUCGGGUCGUGGGGCGAUGCGGGAGGAUUUGGGCGGCGACGAGUGAGGAGUUCAUUGCUCAUGAUUGCGCGAAACACAUCCAAACGGCCACGCUGGACAAGCAUCCUGUGAAGUAGCCUUUGGCUUGGUGCCGAAACCCGCUUGGUGCCGGCGAGCGACGACACGUUCUUGGUG